UGGAAGCCCCGGAGCGCGGCCUUUCUGCCCCGGGCCCACCCCUCGGCUGCGCUGAUUGGCCGCUCCUGGGCCAUCCCCUCCCGCCCGGGGCAGGCAGGGUCUCUACCCCGCGGAAAGUUUUCUGAGCCAGGAGGAAGUUGGAGGGUUGGGGAUUCUGAGAAGGCUGCUCCUGCAGCUGCGGGGGUCUGGGUGGCCAUGGAGGAGCCCCCUUUGCGACAGGAGGAGGAAGAAGAGGAGGAGGAAGGGGACGAGGCUGGGCCCGAAGGGGCUUUGGGCAAGAGCCCCUUCCAGCUGACGACCGAGGACGUGUAUGACAUCUCCUACGUGAUGGGCCGCGAGCUGAUGGCCCUGGGCAGCGAUCCCCGGGUGACACAGCUGCAGUUCAAGAUCGUCCGCGUCCUGGAGAUGCUGGAGACGCUGGUGAAUGAGGGCAACCUGACGGUGGAGGAGCUGAGGAUGGAGAGGGACAACCUGAGGAAGGAGGUGGAGGGGCUGCGGACAGAGGGCUCGGCGGCCGGCGGGCAGGUAAACCUGGGGCCGGACAAAAUGGUGGUUGACCUGACAGAUCCCAACCGACCACGCUUCACUCUCCAAGAGCUGCGGGACGUGCUCCAGGAGCGCAACAAGCUCAAGUCCCAGCUGCUGGUGGUGCAGGAAGAGCUGCAGUGUUAUAAGAGUGGUCUGAUUCCACCAAGAGAAGGCCCAGGAGGAAGAAGAGAAAACGAUGCCCUUGUCGCCAAGACCAGCAAGACCAGCAGUAACAAGGAGGAGAAGACAAUCAUAAGGAAGCUGUUCUCUUUCCGAUCGGAGAAGCAGAUGUAGCUCGAAAGCCCCGACUAAGACAGAGGUUCUUGGACUCACGAAGGCAAUGCACCAAGACUUCCAAACUCAUCUCUCAGUUUUUCCAAACUCGGCCAUCUCUCACUGGCACCCCCCAGUGCCACGCAUACUCACUGUACUUGCUCAUCUGUUUCCCCUGAAAGCCACCAAGGAGGAAGGAGAUGAGGCUCUCUCAUGAUAAUUUUUUCCCUGGCCUCAGAACUGGACACCCCUGAAGCCUCGGCCAAGGCUGGGGAAGCAGCACAAAGAAAUCAAGAAAGCAGAAGGCAAGCAAAAUGAGGCCCACUUCCUGCUGCUCACCAGCCGUCCAGAGGGACCUCCAGUGUGCAGGUGUGCGCUCUGCCUGUCUGGUCUCACGAUGACCUGGGUCUUUACCACGUAGUAGCAGCGAAAGUCGUGAGCCCAAAGGGAGAGGGGAGGAGAGAAUGCAGGAAAAAAUGGUAUUGACAUUCCAGUGAUGAUUUCACAGAUAUUUAGUGAACAUUCGGUUUUGCUAACAUGACUUUCUUUACAUGAUUUUGUAUUAAAGUGAAAUGACUUUUAUACUUUC